AGAAGGAGAAAGGGAUCCAGGGUGGUGAAGUCCACGCUCCACGCUCCACCCCUGGUGUUCCUGUUUUCCAGGUCUUUGUCCCCCGGAACUCGCUCUCGCUCCUGGGUGUCCACCAGGGUUUUCUGCCUGCAUCUGGAUCCCAGUGCGACCAGCGUACAGUCCAGAGUCCGACAGGAAAAAACACCGCCUCAAGUUUGGAACGAGAGCGAGGAAAGAAAGAAAAGGGGGAACCGAAAAGAAGCAACUUCGCACCGUCUUCUUCUCUGGUCCGACCUGUCGUGGAAGCCGCAGUCUGCUUCUCGCCUGCAGUUUAAACAGGAAAAAAAACUUUUCCCCAUGUUUUAAAACUACCGUUUUGUUUCCUUUUUCCCCCUUUUUUCACGUUUCUUCGAUUGAGUCUGGAACUCCUCAUUUACAGUACAUGCCGUGCUUUUAAACCAGCGACGUGCACGGUUUUCCUCGGUGUGUUUUUAGCGUGCUUUCGGAGCCUCAGUCGGAGCUGAAUGAAGUGUCUGUUGAGCUGAAGAAGUCGGCGCGUCUCCAUGAGGGAACUCGGCGUGGGAGUCGCUCCAACUUUGUCCUAGCCUCCACACACCUGAGCGCUUUUUAAAAAAAAUACAUAUAUAUUUUAUUUUUUUUGUUUUUUUUUGUUGAGGUGUUAACCUUGUAGCUUCUUUCCCACACCAUGAAGCCCGUGUCGGUGCUGUGUGUGGUUAGCACGCUGGUCGUGUUGUGUGUGUCGAUGACCGCGGAGCAAAAGUUGAAUAACUGCAACGACGUUCGCGCGGCGUACAGCUCCAAAGGCUUCAACGUCAACGAUGUCCCCAACAAAGGCGUCAACGGAGCCCCGUUGAAGGUGUGUCCGCAGGGUUUCUCCUGCUGCACGGUGGAGAUGGAGGAGAAGCUGAGCCAGCAGAGCCACACGGAGAUCAAAGCUCCCGUCUCCAGGCUCAGCACCAACCUGCAAUCCACCUUCAGACAGAAGCACGACCACUUUGACAGGUUUUUCCGCGAGCUUUUGGAAAAAGCACACUUGUCGCUGCACCACAUGUUCGCGCGGACCUACGGGAUGAUGUACAUGCAGAACUCGGAGCUGUUCGACAACUUCUUCAAGGCCCUGGCGCGGUACUACGUGUCCGGCAGCGGCGGCGUCAACCUGGACUCCAUGCUGUCGGACUUCUGGGCCGACCUCCUGGAGAGGAUGUUCCGGCUGGUCAACGUGCAGUACGAGUUCAGCCGCGCCUACAUGGAGUGCGUCAGCCAGCACACGGAGCAGCUGCAGCCCUUCGGCGACGUGCCGCGCAAGCUCCGCAUCCAGCUGACGCGGUCCUUUGUCGCCGCGCGCACCUUUGUGCGCGGCCUGACGCUCAUGUCCGAGGUGGUCAAUAAAGUCUCCAUGGUCAGCGCGUCCCCCAGCUGUGUGCGAGCGUCCAUGAAGAUGUUGUACUGUCCCUACUGCUCGGGCCAAGUGGCGCUGAAACCCUGCCAGAAUUACUGCCUGAAUGUGCUGCGCGGGUGUCUGGCCAACCAGGCCGACCUGGACGCCGAGUGGAACAACUUCCUCGAUGCCAUGCUGAGUCUGGCCGAUAGGCUCGAAGGGCCCUUUAAUUUUGAGUCCGUCGUGGAACCCAUCGAUGUGAAGAUUUCCGAGGCCAUCAUGAACAUGCAGGAGAACAGCAUGCAAGUGUCGCAGAAGGUUUUCCAAGGAUGUGGGCAGCCCAAACCAAGCGCGGCCUUCCGUUCAACACGCUCCAUCAAAGACACCGGCUUCAACGGACGCUUCCGCCCUUACAGUCCCGAUGCCCGACCCACUACUGCUGCUGGGACUAGUUUAGACCGACUGACGAUUGAUGUGAAGAAGAAGCUGAAAAAUGCCAAAAAGUUCUGGUCCACGUUGCCAGAGACUGUUUGUGCCGGUGAGAGGAUCGAACCUGGGGACGAAUGCUGGAAUGGAACCGCGAAAAGCAGGUACGAGUCUGUAGUCAUUGGCAACGGCCUGGCCAAUCAGGUGUCCAACCCUGACGUGGACGUCGACAUAACCAAGCCGGACAUUGUGAUUCGCACUCAAAUCGCAGCGUUGAAGGAAAUGACCAGCUGGCUCAAAGCUGCACACAGCGGCAACGACAUCUCCAUCGAUAACGAUGAGGGCGGCAGCGGAGGGGAUGAGAGCGGCAGCGGCUGCGACUCUCCGUCCUGCGAGAACGACCCGGACAUCUACUUCUCCACGCCACCCAACCCGGGCAAGCCAGCCGUCGAGCAAGAGGUGAAGGGCAUCAAGCCAUCAGAUGGGGGGGUCGCCUCGAAGGGAAGCAUGGCGCUGGCGCUCUGCGGUCUCGCUCUGGCCCUGCUCGCUCCACACUUGAGAUAAAACCGGCGGGGCAAGAAGAGGAAGAGAACGACCGGGAAUGACGGAGCGAAGGAGGAAACUGUCAGAGACUUUAAAAAAGACUGCCUUCAGGACCUUGGACUGUCUGCCAUUUGAGUGGAGGAGGGGGGGACUCUUCUUAAUAUUACAAUGGCUUCUUUUAAUUAUUUGUAUGUUUUUAAGGACAUCAGUGAACAGCAACACUUUUCUUCCCGAGCAGAAAGCCACCUUUGUUUCCCCCCAGACAAACCUUUACUCCUUAUGGCUCUUUUGGAGCUACACUAGGGUUCGACCUGCAGCAACACAAACUUCAUACUAUUGUCUCAAACUCAUAAUACAUUUUUGUGCCUUUUUCGGCGGUCCAAUAUCUAAAUAUUCCCCGGAUGUUCGGUUGAACAGUGAGUGCCUGUGGUGGGACGUAUCUUCAUGUUCCUGAAGAUGUUCUUCCUUUCCAUUAUUCAGAGAUUGUUGCUAUGGAUUUUACACUGUGAAUGUUUGUGUCCCCGCCUCUCUUCAUUUGCAUUCAUCAGCCAGUCAGAAAUUAGAGAGUUAACUGUUGAUAUCAACUGGGGCUCAGUAGGAGCUUUAGUUUGCUUCUCAUGUUUUGGAAAUCCACAGAGAGAAGUUACAGCACAGGUACUCAUGUUUGACCCGGAGAUGAAUUCGUCCUUUAGGAGAGCCUUUGGGGGCGCUCUGCAAGCCCAAAAAUGCAUAUUGUAUGUCUACUACGAGCAUUAUCAUGACCUAAUUAUUUUCUCCAAAAUCAAUUUCAAAUUGAACUUCAUCGGCAUCCAACAGUUCAAUGGAAAAGGCCGUGCUUUACGCAUGCUCCCACAGGCGAUGCAAACCUAUUAUCUUGAGUUGAAAGUGUCAAAUAGAGUUGAGAUAAGAGGCGAAAGUUGACUGACUCCCCGUGGCAUUGUCCUUACAGAAGGCAGAGCUGACGAGUCCUGAAGGGCCUGUUUUUGGUACUGUGACCUUGCUCGUUUGAGAAGAGAAGGCAGCGCCAUGAGUGUUCAUAGAGCGAGAAAGGAGGAACAAAAGACAGUGCUUUGAUCAAAGGAAAUCAAGAAAAAUAGAUUCUUUUAAUACAGGGUUUUAUGUCGAAAAGGUGUUGUAAUGUUUAGCUGUUUUUGGUAUGAAGAUAUAUAUUAGGUACUACAGUGGAUUUGACUGUUAGUUUAGGUGUUGGAAGGGUAAAAGGUGCACAGAUUGUUCUGGUCUGUGCGUUUCUUCCCCCUCCCAUAAUACACAGUUGUGCCUCUUCACAGGCCCACGUCGGUAGAAAUGGGCCGUUUGAUCUACCUGUCACAAGUGCUGCCAAAAUGAAUACAACGUCUGGUGCCUGAUUGUUUUCUUUUUUUACCUUGGUACAUUAUUAGCAUUUUCUUAAGGUAAAAAAAAGAAAAUGUAGAUGUUGAUGAUUUGUAUCUAUAAUGUACUCCUGAUUCCCUGUGGCCAUUUCAUUUCUAAAAUGACGACGCAUUGUGUAGCUUUUGUACAGUAACUUAUGCAUGUAUUCUAACGUCCUUGUAAACAUGCUUCCAGAACAACACAGGUGGUCUAAGAUACAGUAUUCAAAGUGGUUCUGCACACAAUUAAUUUCUCAGAGUGAUUGAAUUGAUCCGAUUUGGGGGCUUUGAGUAUGCUUUUGAGAAAAUUGAAAUGGGUUGGCAUGUUUCACACCUCCUGGGCCUUUGGGCUUCUUGUUUGGCUUAUGAAAUUGACAGGUUGAUUGUAAGCUUCCAUGACAUUUUCCUCCAGAAAAAGACCAAUCCUCUAAACACAAGGACACUGAUGUCAACAAUGACAUCAGUGUUAAGAAUCUGACUGUGGAGGAACAACCAAUCAACCCGCAGAAAACAAGGAGGCUUUUAUUUCAAACAGCGAGGCGACGCUUCAGCAGCUCCGUGGUGGGUUUCCCCACCGCCUCGGUUCCCCAUGACGUUUGGGUUCCUCCAACAUUUCUACCAGGGCUGGUGCAUGUGUUCAGAGAUGCGUCGAGUGUGAAGAAACCUACGUUUCUGAGAGUGGAAGGAAAUGUUUUUGGAUGAUGGUGAUGAAUGUCUGUGCUUGCGGGCCGGGGCAGCGGCGUCCUCCAGCUGGCACGGAGUCGGUCCAGCUGCUGGAUGGAUGCUCCUCCACGGGGCGACUUGGGUUCCAGUCGUACCGGUGUAGGAAACCCUUCCAUCAGCCUUUGGCCCACAACAACAGGAAAUGACUCGUUUUCUGAAGAGAAGAAGAAAAGUGUAAAUACAGAGCAGCCGGUUUAGAUGUCUCUAAAAGAGGCCAUAACAGUACAUCAGAUUUUUACCUGUUCAGAGUAUCUCCUAAAUGUUAAACAAGAUGAGAUAGAUGUUAAAUGUAUAUUAAACAACAUUUCCUAGUCUUGUUGAAAUAAAGACUGCCAAUAUUUAAACAAUUGUGAUUGGUUUCAUUU